UCUGCUGCUGCGCUCGCUCUCUCCUGCUUUCCCUCUUCACAUCCUCUCUUCCUUCUCUUCCUUUCCCUACUUCCCCGCUUUCUCUCACUCUUCCCACGCCCCUUCUCUCCCUCCUUUUUCUCUUCUCUCUCCUGCCCAUCGUCCCUGAGUUGGGGGUGAGCUCAGCUACCCCCCCCCCCGCGCUGGUUCCGCCCUACUGGGUAGCCCCAGAAGAAGCCCCCAAAGGCUUCGUUUUGCGCCCCCCCCCUCCCCAAGGAAGGAGGCAGUAGGAGUGGGUGGGUGGGCGAUCGUGCUGGGGGCUUAGCCGGGCAAUGGAGCAGCCGGAGGAUAUGGCGUCAGUGAGUGAGUUCGACUCCCUGGCCGGCAGCAUCCCAGCCACCAAGGUGGAGAUCACCGUGUCCUGCAGGAAUCUCUUGGAUAAAGAUAUGUUCUCCAAGUCAGACCCAUUGUGUGUGAUGUACACUCAAGGAAUGGAGAACAAGCAAUGGAGGGAGUUUGGAAGAACAGAAGUGAUUGACAACACGCUGAAUCCAGACUUCGUGCGCAAAUUUAUACUGGAUUAUUUCUUUGAGGAGAAACAGAACAUCAGAUUCGAUCUGUAUGAUGUUGAUUCUAAGAGCCCUGAUCUCUCCAAACAUGAUUUCCUGGGUCAGGCCUUCUGCACUCUGGGAGAGAUUGUGGGGUCCCCUGGGAGUCGCCUGGAGAAGCCCCUCACGAUAGGAACAUUCAGCCUGAAUGCCAGGACCGGCAAACACAUUCCAUCGGUGUCAAAUGGCGGGGUUCCUGGGAAGAAGUGUGGCACUAUUAUCUUGUCAGUGGAGGAGCUGAGCAACUGCAGGGAUGUUGCCACAAUGCAGUUCUGUGCCAACAAGCUGGACAAGAAAGAUUUCUUUGGUAAAUCUGACCCCUUCCUGGUGUUCUACAGAAGCAACGAGGAUGGAACGUUCACCAUCUGUCACAAGACAGAAGUCAUGAAGAAUACUCUGAAUCCUGUGUGGCAAACUUUCUCCAUCCCCGUGAGGGCCCUUUGCAAUGGGGACUACGAUCGGACCAUCAAGGUGGAGGUGUACGACUGGGAUCGGGACGGCAGUCAUGACUUCAUUGGGGAGUUCACCACUAGCUACCGGGAACUGGCUCGUGGGCAGAGUCAGUUCAACAUCUAUGAGGUGGUAAACCCGAAAAAGAAAAUGAAGAAAAAGAAAUACCUGAACUCCGGCACAGUAACGCUACUUUCCUUCGCAGUGGAAUCGGAAUGCACAUUCUUGGAUUAUAUCAAAGGAGGGACUCAGAUCAAUUUCACUGUUGCCAUUGACUUCACGGCCUCCAAUGGCAACCCCUCCCAGUCUACUUCCCUGCACUAUAUGAGCCCAUACCAGCUGAAUGCCUAUGCCCUAGCGCUGACAGCCGUGGGUGAGAUCAUCCAGGACUACGACAGUGACAAGAUGUUCCCAGCCCUGGGCUUUGGGGCCAAGCUCCCUCCUGAUGGCAGAGUUUCCCAUGAGUUCCCACUGAAUGGCAAUCCGGAUAACCCCUCUUGCUGUGGCAUUGAUGGUAUCCUUGAGGCCUAUCACCGAAGCCUUCGCACCGUGCAGCUCUAUGGCCCCACCAACUUUGCACCAGUGGUCACUCAUGUGGCCAGGCAUGCAGCAACUGUGCAGGAUGGCUCCCAGUAUUCCGUGCUGCUGAUCAUCACAGAUGGGGUCAUCUCAGACAUGGCGCAAACCAAGGAAGCCAUCGUCAAUGCUGCCAAACUCCCCAUGUCCAUUAUCAUCGUGGGCGUUGGCCAGGCUGAGUUUGAUGCCAUGGUUGAGCUGGACGGUGACGACAUCCGGAUCUCCUCCAGGGGGAAGUUAGCAGAGCGUGACAUUGUCCAGUUUGUGCCAUUCCGGGACUACGUGGACCGAACGGGGAAUCAUGUGCUAAGCAUGGCUCGCCUGGCCAGGGACGUCCUGGCUGAGAUCCCUGACCAGCUGGUAUCCUACAUGAAAGCACAGGGCAUCCGUCCCCGCCCACCCCCGGGACCUCCUGCCCACACCCCAUCUCGGUCUCCUCCGAACACUCCCCCUGCCUCCCCUAUGCACACAAACAUCUAAGGAUGGGGCAUGGGCAGGGUGGGAAGAGAGGCGGACUCCCUGGGGCAUGUGCCUGCACACACACACACACACACACACACACACACACACACACACACACACACACACACACCGCUGAGGUUCAAAUUCCAGCUCUGUCAUUUACUGGUGUGACCUUUAGCAAGUCACUCACCCCAGGGAGGGUGGGGGUUGGGGCGGCUCAGUUUUCUCAUUUGUAAACUGAGGGGUUGGGCUAGGUCAUCUCCAAGGCCCUUUCCCACAAUACCCAAUGAUCCACAAUGGCCAGAGGGGGUGGAGUCCAGGGGAUGAGCCCGGGACCCCCUAGGAGAACCCCAUCACCAAGCCUCUGGCUCUGCCAGAAUCCCUGGCCUCCCAUCUUGCAGGGGCCCAGCACCAGCCCAGCUGGCCUCCCCACCCAAAGCCCCGACUCUUCCCUCCAUUUCUCCUCACCCACCCCCUAGCCAGUGUCACAAACAUCUGGACCUCCAGAGGAGUGAAACAAGGAAGAGGGAGUGACUGGGGAUGGAGGGGGGCAGGCAAUGGAAUACAGAAUAAUUGGGAGACCCAGUGGCUUAGCAUAGAGAACCAGUGAGGCUUGAAGCACCAAAGCAGUGCCCUGCCCCCCAGGGCUGCGUCCCUGGGCUCAAGUCUGCGCCCUCCAGAGUCCCUGGGCGCUCUGCCUCCCAUCUCCCUCGCCCAGUGAGAUGCGGUGAUUUGAGGGUAGACCUUUCCUCUCAAGGACAGAGGACAUCAAGCCUUUCCCUUCCCCCACAAAGGAUUUCCCAGGAGCUCCAUCCUUGGGCUGGCGCUGAGCCAAUCAGAUGGGGAGCUUCUGCCAACCCCCACCUGCUGGCUUACCUCCUGACCCAGCCCCUGAGGGGGACAGGAGGAGGGAGGGGCUCAGAAACCUUUCCACACUCUCCUCUCUUUGGCGUCUUUCCUGGCCAGCCUGAGCUUCAGGAGGGUGUGAAAGAAUCUGCCGGCCAGGGUGCAGCGGAAGGCAGGGAGGGGCUGUGGGGCAGCCCACACUCCGCACUGUGCGAGGUGGACCUUCUGACAAAAGUGUGCUAUAAACAAGAGAGGUUGUCGGGCACACCCUUCCACCUCCCCUGGUAACCUGAGUCCUCCUUGCUACCCACAUACCUGUCCUGCCUCCCAUUUCCCUUGUUAAGACAUUAGGUAUGAUAAGGGGAUAUUUGCAUGCUAUUGGGGGGGGGUCACUGAAGACCUCCAAACCAGACCCAAAGAAAUGAAUCUCUAAUAGUGGAAUUCCAGAUCCUGGAAAGGACAGAUCCUAGCUGAGGUCCCUGACCAGCUGGUAUCUGACAUGAAAGUAGGUUAUAGAUGCAGCAAAAUUUAUGCCUCCCUCUUCUGUGCCCCUAAAAACCUCUUUUCCUAGAUCCCAGGCCAAGCAAAUUCCCCUCACUCGAGUAAUGUCUUGUCAGUAGUGCCAGAUGUGGACCCCUUUGAGUAUGAAGAACCCCAGUUGUGUCCAAUUCUAACUCCAGUAAUAGAAGUGGGCCCCACAGUUCCAGACACAGCCCUCCAGUGCAAGGGCUAUCUUUGCCCCAAUCUGGGAAGGUGUUCUUGCUGGGUGACAGGUGAACAGGUGACGGAAAGAGGCUGGCUCCCCACAUGCCCACCCUUGACCCCCAAGUAGGUAGUUGGUGAUGCAUGCCAGUCUAUCCAGCUGCAUGGGGCUGCCCGUGCCCACCGAAGGACACUCAGCUUCCCUCAGUUCCCCUUUUGAGAUCCACCCCUGUCCAUCCAGCUUCCAAGUAAUACAUCUAUGCCCUCCCUGGGGCUGCCUACUGGGCCCUGGUUCAGCUCUGUUCCUCUUUGUUCUGUGCAUGAUGGUUGUAUUUCUACCCCAUGUUGUCCUUUGCUGGAGUCUUUGGUGGGAGCUGCUAUGUAUUGACACUGCCUUAAACUGAAAUAAAUUGGGUCCUUUUACUAAAAGCAGCAGCCCCCACUUUUCUUCUGUUCUGUGGGAAUCUCUCUGGGGCCUGUAGCCAACAUGGAUUAAGCCCUAGCUGAGUCAUAAUUGUGGUAAGUGCCU